UAUUCGAUAGCUGAAAUCAGCUGGAACCAACGAUCGCAAAAGGAAAAACAUUUCUAUAUUUGUUUGUGCCUUAGGUGUUCGAGCCAAAGAAUAAUGUUGACUUUAGCAAAUUUAGCCCAAUUGUGUCGAAUUUGUCUACGUCAUCUGCGUGAGACGGGGGGCGUCUGCAACGAUCAGAGCCGGGAGCUUAAAAGCAUUAGCAAUCCUCAAUUUGUAGUGCUUCUGAAACAGUGUCUGGCUAUCGAUGAUGAUGCACUGGGUAUGGACGACUGUAAAGAUUUCCCCCAUGACAUCUGUGCCUUGUGCUAUAAGGCCAUUGAUUACUUUGUAGAAUUGUGUCAAGUGGCCAAAGCCAGUGCCGUGACAUUGAAACAGCUGAGGAAGCAGCAGCAGCAGCAGGAGAAGAACAUUGAGAAAGACUUGGUUGAAAACGUACAGAUUUCAGGCGAAUUGGAAGUGAAAGAAGAACAGAUAGAGGAAGAUCAGCAACCACAAGAUGAUUUCGUCGCCAAGGCGCAGGAAGACAAAGAGGAUGCAAAAACAGAAUCAGAUGCGGAUGAAAUGGAAAUGUCAUUAGACGAAGCCCUAAAGCAGCAGCAACAGCCAUCUGAUCUGUCCAUGCCGAUGUCCAAUAAUAAACGAAGGUCUUUGGCCUGCAAUCAAUGUGGCAAACAAGUCUACAAGUUGCCCUAUCUGGAGGCCCACAUUCGUAGUGUUCACGAGGGUCAUUCAAAGCCAUUCCUCUGUGUUCAUUGUAAAAAGUCCUUUACACGCUACGAACAGCUUCGCUCUCAUGUGCGUAAUGUCCAUCCGAACUCAAGUUCCAAGCAGCAAGACCAUCAGUCAUUGGACGAGGAGCAAGAGCAAGUGCAGCGUUUGAUUUGCUUGCAUUGCAAGCGCAAGUACAGCACGAAAAAUGCUUUGGGAGAACAUUUAAAGCGCCAUGCACAGCAUAAGGAGCACAUUUGCGAGCAUUGCGGCGUAGCCAAGGUCACCCGCACCGAAUUGCUAACUCAUUUGCGUAUCCAUAAUCCAAGCUGGGAAAAGUUUAAAUGCCAACAGUGUCCGCAGCUAUUUCGUCAUAAAUCGGCGAUAAGUCGACAUGUGCGAGUGGUUCAUGAAGGUCAGCGGCGCUUCCAGUGUGCCCAUUGCGAGAAACGUUUUGGAACUCAUGCAUCCCAGCUAAGGCACGAGCGUUUACAUACUGGACAGUUGCCCCAUCGCUGUGAAAUCUGCACCAAGUGUUUUCCGGAUGGCGAUCGGUUGACCGCUCAUAUACGAACUCACGACCGAAACUUAUGGCCUUUUUCGUGCAUGCAUUGUGAUAAGCCAUGCGUCACAUUGCAAAAUUUGGAGAGACACCUGCAAAGGCACAGCAGCAAGAACCCACCACAUAUUUGUGCUAACUGCAAUCGGUCAUUUAGCACAGAUGAGAUGUUGGCCAAUCAUAAGGAGGAAGCAUGUUCAAUUAAUGAGAAGACAGCCUGAGUUUUGUUUAUACCUUUUUUUAUACACGUUUACGUAUACAUAUAGAAUUGUAGUUUGUACCUGAUGAAAAUAUAAUAGAAAUAUAUAUUCAAUAAA